ACAUGCGCGCUAUAAAUGGAACUCGUGGGGCGCCAGGCGAGAGAGUGUCCCGGCCAACCAGCCAGCAGCUGGAGAAGCGACGACGACGACGACGACGACGACGACGACGACAAAAUGGCGUCCUCGUCUCAGUCUCAGUCUCAGUCUCAGUCUCUGACGCCCUAUCUCAGGGGGAAUGCCCACCAUGCGCCGUGGCGAAGCCGAUUCGUCCGCCGGGCACUGCUCGUGGCCGCGGCGGCGGCGGCUCUGGCGGCAGCGGCUGGUGGCUCUGGUACCGCGGACGACCAGAUCCCGGCCAUCUUCAUGUUCGGCGACUCCAUCGUCGACCCCGGCAACAACAACAACCGGUUGACGGAGGCGAGGGCCAACUUCCCGCCGUACGGGCAGGACUUCCCCGGCGGCGUCGCCACCGGCAGGUUCUCCAAUGGCUUGGUCCCUGGGGACCUCUUAGCUUCCAAGUUGGGUAUCAAGGAGCUGCUGCCUCCUUUCCUUAGUUCUGAUCUUGAACUAAAGGACCUACUCACUGGUGUGGCGUUUGCCUGUGGUGGCAGUGGCUAUGAUCCUCUCACAUCCAAGCUUGCGACAACCUUGUCGAGUGACGAUCAACUUGAACUGUUCCAUGAGUACAAGCAGAAGCUAACGGCUUUGGUUGGAGAGAAGGAAAUGACACGAGUUAUCUCAGAAGGCGUCUUCUUUACAGUAAUGGGGUCAAAUGACAUUGUAAAUAACUAUUUCACUCUACCUAUAAGACGCCACGAAUAUGAUCUUCCUUCGUACGUGGACUUUCUUGUCUCUUCGGCGAUUAACUUCACAAAGACUUUGAAUGAUAUGGGAGCUAAGAAGAUUGGAUUUCUUGGUGUCCCACCAUUGGGAUGUUGUCCUUCACAAAUAACACUUGGAGGAAGCCCAUCACGCCAAUGUGAACCACAAAGGAAUCAAGCAUCAGAGUUAUAUAAUUCUAGAGUUUCAAAGGAAAUAGAGCGAUUGAAUGCAGAACGAAGUGCUUCCGGAUCAAAGAUUGUUUAUUUUGACAUAUACUACAACUUGCUUGAUCUUAUUCAGAAUCCAUCUUCAUAUGGUUUCAAGGAUGCAAGCGAAGGUUGCUGUGGAAGCACAGUGUUAAAUGCUGCCAUAUUCAUUGCAUAUCACAGUGCAUGUCCAAAUGCAAUUGAUUAUAUUUUUUGGGAUGGCUUCCAUCCUACCGAGAAGGCCUACAAUAUUGUAGUGGAUAAGCUCAUUCAGCAAGCUUCAAAGUACCUGAUGAUGUGAAGAAAUUGAUAUUGCACGCUCUACAAUAGUCUUAAUGCCCCCAUAGAACAACCUGACCUGUGACCAUGGUUCCACAUUGCAAUGCCAUUUGCCAAAUGUACGAAACAUAUAUAUUGUGUGCCGAUCUUAUACAGACUAAUUAAUUUGUAUUUUUAGCUCAAAAUCCUUAUGACCAUGUUGUACACAGCAAUCACCACAGAUCUGUAACUAGUUGUAACAAUAAUCAAAAUGCCUUUAUAUUUAGAGAACCAUCCUUGGGGGAGAACCUAAUAUAAAAAGUUGCACCAUUA